UCCAGGGUCCGGCUGGAAAGGACGGCAGACAAGGAGGCAAAGGUGACACUGGCUUCAGAGGACCAACAGGACCAGAAGGUAUGCCUGGUCCCCGUGGUACUCCCGGGACGUCUGGAGCUCCAGGUGAAGCAGGAGCCAAAGGAGCAGUUGGCGAUCCUGGCCCCCCUGGAAAUCGAGGUCUUCCGGGCAACGCUGGUCAACCGGGUGGUAUUGGACCCAGUGGACCUCAAGGUCCCAUGGGUGUUGCCGGAAAGGACGGGAUCAUGGGCCCACGUGGUAUGCCUGGACCGAAGGGCUCAGCUGGUGCAAUGGGUCCUCCUGGAGCCCCAGGCCGGCCAGGCGUGGAUGGAAGACCAGGCCUUCCUGGGGCCACCGGCAAAAGCGGCCCACUAGGCAGAGCCGGACCGAGAGGUGAACCUGGGCAGCAGGGACUGAUGGGGAAUCCGGGGCGUGCGGGUCCACCGGGACCACCGGGAGCAAACGGUAUUGACGGGGCGCCGGGACCUAUGGGGCAGCCAGGUCCACGAGGUUCACCUGGGAAAUCUGGUCAAGCAGGACAUCCUGGUGUGGCCGGAGUAUCCGGACCGCCCGGACCCCAGGGAAACGUUGGAUUACCGGGUCCUCAAGGCGAGUAUGGUCUACCUGGUCCCACUGGCGGAAGAGGUGUUAAGGGAGAUAAAGGACCCAAAGGAUUUGUUGGUCAUCCUGGAGCCGAGGGAGACACUGGCCCUCCAGGUGUGCAAGGGAGGCCUGGACCUGUUGGGGACAAAGGAAUCCCAGGACUUGCUGGGGGCGUAGGUGCACCAGGUCAACGGGGACUUCGGGGAGAAAUUGGACCUCAAGGUGAUCCAGGAAAAGACGGAGCGCCGGGCAUGGACGCACCUGAUGGCGAACCUGGUACACCAGGUCCACCCGGACCACAAGGACCUGUGGGUCAUGCAGGCCCGCCUGGACCACAGGGCGAUACGGGCGUCAGAGGCGAGAAAGGUAAUAUGGGACCUAUGGGUAUACCUGGACGCCUUGGAGUAUUGGGAAUUCCCGGUGUUCCUGGUCAACCGGGUCCUGAAGGGCUAUCUGGUUUCAAAGGUGACCGAGGUACAUCGGGAUUAGGUGGAUUACCCGGUAAAGACGGAGCACCAGGACCAAGAGGCAUUCGUGGACCUCGCGGACCACCAGGAAUCAUACAACGAUUGAGCAGCAGACAGAGAGCACUAUUAGGUCCACCAGGAGAAAUUGGCGAUGCAGGAUCACCAGGCGAACCGGGUGUUCCUGGUAUGAAUGGCCAAGACGGGCCAGUGGGCCCAGUAGGCCCAAUGGGGCCGGCAGGAAAAAGAGGACCGGCUGGAUCAACGGGCUUACCAGGGACCCCAGGAAAUCCCGGUCGUGCCGGAUCUCCCGGACCACCCGGCAGUCCCGGCCCUAUGGGUUUUCAAGGCCCCGCUGGCACUCAAGGCCCAACAGGACCUCCUGGAGAGGUUGGACCAAUUGGCCCCCAAGGAUUCCCUGGAAGACAAGGGCCACAAGGCGUGCAGGGUAAAGAAGGAUUAAUUGGACUUCCUGGCGAACCAGGAUUGCAAGGUAAACCUGGAAACAUUGGCCCAGUCGGUCCACCUGGUGCCCCUGGAAAGGAUGGGGAUCCAGGAGACCCGGGUUUGCCUGGUUCGCCAGGAGAAGUUGGUGACGUCGGUAGUCUGGGUGCUCCUGGCCGUGAUGGUGCAACUGGAAUAAUGGGUAUGCGUGGGACAACCGGCGGUCCAGGCCCUCGUGGUCCGCCAGGCCCCCCCGGGCCACCAGGACCUCAGGGUGCUGCGGGUCCAACAGGACCAGAGGGUCCCGUUGGACCGGUUGGAAGCAAAGGAUCCACUGGACUGAUUGGGGCUGAAGGACCAGAAGGGCCCCCAGGUGCGGAUGGUGCACAGGGACCUGAAGGACCAGUUGGACCAGUUGGAGAACCUGGGUUGGAUGGCAUGCGAGGUCCGCGUGGUUUACCGGGCGAAGCGGGUCCUAUUGGCGAAGUCGGACCACCUGGUUCUCCCGGACGAGAUGGACCACAAGGAGAAAGCGGUGCUCCGGGAAAACCUGGGAUUCCAGGAGAGCCAGGAGACAAAGGACCUCCAGGAGUGGACGGAAAUGAUGGCAAGGAUGGUGAGGCUGGGACACCAGGAAGUCCCGGACCUGUAGGCCAUCCUGGUUGGAGCGGACCUCCAGGACAGGCCGGCCCACCUGGGCCUGAUGGGAUGCGUGGCGAUGCUGGCGAAAUUGGUGCUCCCGGUAAUCCCGGAUCACCGGGUGAGAGCGGCCCCAUCGGUGAAACUGGAGUCAAAGGAGUCAAGGGUCAGAGAGGCGAUAUUGGAAUGCCUGGAGUGGCUGGCCCACUUGGAAGAGAUGGUCCACCAGGACCACCUGGACCAGCUGGACCUCCUGGUCCUCCAGGACCCCCAGGAAUGCAUUCGGUAUAUGUACCUACAAUGGGCCCAGGAACCAAAGGCAAGGGUCUGUUUGCUGACGAUCCUUUGGUGAUGAGAUUACUGGGCACUGCAGUGAACCAGAGACCACAGGGAACAAGACGCUCCCCGGCUAUCACCUGCAAGCAGUUAGCUUCCAUCUACUCUAAUCUUAAGGACGCAAUGUAUUGGGUUGAUCCGAAUGGCAAUGAAAUCAACGACGCAGUUCAGGCGUACUGUAUUAUUUCCACUGGAGAAACGUGUAUUUCAGCUACACGAGCAGAAUUCACUGAGGACCAAGAGGAUGAGAUUACCUACAAUGUAGAUGGCAGCCAGCUUUCAUUCCUGCAAUUGCACAGUUCCUCAGCUCGACAGAAUGUGAGAACCCCCUGCCUUCCCCAUUUGGAUGAAUAUGAGAAUUCCAACAACACCGCUAUCAUGUACGCAGACAACGGUGUUGAAAUAACGGACAGCCAUCCUCAUAUGCGGUACCACAAAAUUAAGGAGCAAUGCCCGGAUACGACUUCCGAGGUUCGGUUGGCUUUUGAAGUGAAAGGUCCAUCGAGUCGGUUGCCAAUUCGAGACAUCUCAUUUCACCCUGCAAUGGCGGUGAACAAGCCACUUCAAGUUGGAUACGUUUGUUUCCAGUAAGAAGUGGACAUUGUUGACCGAAUUCCCGUUAUAACUUGGCCCUAAAUGGAUUCAAACCUUUCCGACGCCACUGUGUGAUGAAGCAGCUACGGAGAGCAAUUCUUACACAUUAUUCAAAGAAAAUGUUUUUGUAUCCC